AUGGCCACCACCGUCUCGCGGAGCAACUCGAGGGCCUCGAGGGCUCCGGCUCAGGCGCAUUCAGCGUCCCACUCUCCCAACUCUAAUGCCAAGGGUAGCGCCUCGUCAUCGUCUACCUCCGCCCUCUCUUCCCACCUCGCCACGGUAGAGCUCAAGCAACGGAUCCUUGGCGCCAUCUCCAAGCUAUCCGAUCGCGACACACAUCAGAUUGCCGUCGAGGACUUGGAGAGGAUCAUCCGGACGCUGCCUGCGGACGGCGUGCCAAUGCUCCUGAACACCUUCCUCCAUGACCCGCCAUCGAUGGAGCCGUCCUCCCGUCAGUCACCGAUCACGGCCCGGCGGGAAUGUCUCAGGCUGCUCGCGCUUCUCUGCUCCACUCAUCCGGAGGCCGCCUCUGCGCACCUUCCCAAGAUCAUCUCCCACAUUGUUCGUCGGAUCAAGGACCCUUCUUCUGACACUUCCGUCCGCGAUGCUUGUCGUGAUACCGUUGGCUCCCUUUCGUCUCUCUACCUUCGUGUCAACGGUGGUUCUACCAGCGAGAACUACGCGUCGGUAGUUUCGUUGUUUGUGAAGCCAUUCUUUGAAGCAAUGGGAGAGCAGAACAAGAUCGUGCAGGCUGGUGCAUCUGCAUGUCUGGCUAAGUUGGUCGAGUGUGCCGGUGGUGGUGAGGGGUCACAGGAGUCUGCCGCAACUGCUGUUACUUUCCAAAAGUUGUGUCCCAGGAUCUCCAAGUUUCUUGGGGGGCAGAGCUUUCUAGCGAAGGGGGCAUUACUCUCUGUUGUCUCCAGUCUUUCUCAGGUUUGGGCUGAAGAAAUUUUCUGUGCUGUCUGUGGAGACCGCCUAUAUUAUGCUUGUUUCUGUUCUCGCCUCUGCUCCAGAAUAUGCACAUCUUACAUUUUCAAUAAGAAAACAUGUGUUAUUUUCAUUGUCUCAUUUCUGGUAAAUAACUUUAGGUUUUCUCUAUGUUGAACUCUUUUUCAUUCUGAGUACAAGGAAAAUAUUGCUUGUGGUUGGCAAAAUGCACAUACUACAUAGAGGAUCCUUUUAAAUUUCUGUAACAAUUUAUUGCAGGAUAGCAGGUACUUCAACGUAUAGUCUUUGUGGUACUGUUCAACAUAUUGCUCUUCUUGAGCUGAUGGAUUUGAAGAGCAUAUAUUUAAACUUGAUAUGGAUUGACCUUCCAAGAAAUCAGAUGGGUACCUUAAAGAAGAUAUCUGAUGGAAGCUUUUUUUUUUUCUGCAGGUUGGAGCUAUCACACCACAAAGCUUGCCAUCACUUCUGCAAAGUGUUCGUGAGUGUCUUGAGAACAGUGAUUGGGCAACUCGCAAGGCAGCUGGUGACACACUGUGCGCCUUGGCUUCUCAUUCAAGUCAUUUGAUUGGUGACAAUAGUGCUACAAUAGUGGCGGCCCUUGAGUCUUGCCGCUUUGAUAAGGUGCCAUUUUUUGCUCAUGAUUUGACAACAUGAAACUAAGUUUGACUUUAAACCGGGGUUUUAAAAAUGUAAGAACUCGUGCUGAUUGCAUUGUCUAAUCAAAUAGGAUCAUAACUUAUCUUUCAGAAACUGCUCUUCGGUUUACUUUCACUUCCUGUUGCAUUCAUCAUUCUCUCGUUUGUUGCAAAUCAUACCACAUUAAAAUGUCCAACUGAUAUUCUCCUCUUUUGCAUGUGCAAUCUUUGCCGUAUUUUCAUGUUAUAUGGAAUACGAGCAUUCAUGUAAUAGAGAGGAAUAAUUUCAAUUUUGGGAGAAUUUGAAAAAAUGAACUUUAUAUUUGUUGUAAUUAGAUUGUAAAAAUUAUUGUUUAAAUUUGUUGUUAAAUUUGAAUUUUUUUGUCCUUUACAGGUUAAACCUGUUAGAGAUAGUAUAGCGGAGGCUUUGCUUGCCUGGAAAAAGGUCACAGGAAAAGGAGAAGAUGUGGAGGAGGACAAAGGUUCGAUUAAUUCUUAACAUCCAUCUAAAAUAUCUACUGUUAUGCCUGUCAUUACUUUUUAAUUUUUUUUUUUCCUGUUGGAUUUUAGGAUUUAUGUAAAUUUAAAAUUUUAAUCAUGAAACAGAAUCCAAAAGUUCGUCACCAAUUGAUGUUGGAGAAAAACUGGGCCUUAAGAAGUUUUCUGGUAAUGAGCAACUAGACGCAUCACUGAAAGAUUCAUCAAGCUGCCCAGCUCCUGCCAGUGACCCUGCACCCGGAACUAAAGGCAGUGGAAUGCCAGAGAAAGCGGUAGUUCUUUUGAAGAAAAAGGCACCUUCUUUAACUGAUAAAGAACUGAAUGCAGAGUUUUUUCAGAAACUUGAGACAAGGAUUUCGGAUGAUUUACCAGUUGAAGUGGUGGUACCGCGCAGGACUCUUCAGUCUUCCCUCUCUCAGGGUGAUGAAGGAAAAGAGUUGAAUGAUGAUAACUCUAGAGGAACUGCCGGUCAUGAUGGAAAGUCUUGCAAUGACUCAAAUGACAUGGUCAGUGCCAUAAGUGCAGGUUCCAAUGACAUGGGUAAAGCAAAAGGGUUGUUCAGUAAAACAGAAGAACCUGAUGAUUCAGUUAGGGAGAAGUUUACAGAAUCAAGGGCAUUUAAGUUUAGAGAUGCACGAGCGAAGCCUUCAGAUCUGGAUGAGAGGGCUGUAAACAGUCUGAGAGAUCCAUCAGCACCUCGUUCAAUCUCCCGAAUUGAUGGGCAUUCUGAACCCUUCAUGAACAGCAAAGGAAAUUGGCUUGGCAUCCAGAGGCAGCUGUCCCUGUUAGAGAGACAACAAGCAAGUCUAAUGAAUAUGCUUCAGGUCCGUUUUGAUUGAAAUAUUUAGAUUAUUUGUUUUUUUCAUAAUAAACAUGUUUCUGUCUGGUAUAUUGAUGUCAGUAUGAAGUCUGUAGGGUAGUAUAUUAUUUAUUGUGAACUGAUAUGAUCUCUCAAGUGCAUUUUGUCAUACUCUUUUUAGAGUUUGCUCUGUAUCCUAAAUUAUUGCUAUAAAUUUCUGCUUUAAAGAAGUUUUCAGGUAGGUUCUAAAGGUGGAGGCUUUAUAAAGAGUUAUGAGAGGUAAAGAAGAAUUCAUGGAUGUUUAGGAGUGAGUACUAUGGGCUGAAAUCAAUCCUACAUUCUUGAAGGGUUGUAAAUACCUAUCAACAUCUAUCAUUGAAGGGUUGAAGGGUGGGGCAACAUGUUGGUUUUCAUUGUCUAUGCUGCAUUUAUCAAUUUUCUGUGUAGGCAUUUUCUUUCUAUUCUUCAAUACCUAUCAACAUCUGAAAAUAUCAGGUUUAUAUUUUAUUUCAGAUUGAAAAUUUGGAUUUAGAUAAAUGAUGGUAAUUGUUGUUACGAUAAAAUAUAUUUUUCUUCAUUCAGGGAGAAAUCCUUUAUUAAAAAUCAGAAUAAAGCAAAUGAAGGGUUGUAAAUGAGAAUUGUUUUCAAGAUCUUCACUACAACUAGGACGAUACUUAAAACCGAAAAUAUUGCCAACAUGAAGAUCAGACAAUCAUGCAGGGGGGGUGUUGCUUUCUCUGUAUUAUGGAUAUCAUGGAGUGUUGACUUGCUUCGUGAUUACUUUCCCAUGUUUAGUGGGAUUUGCACAGGAUGUUUUCUUUGGAUUGUGUAGUCUUUGGAGAACGAUACCUUGCUCUUAUGUUAAUCUUCCUACUACAGAAUACUUGCUUCAAAAGAACAAUUUUCUAAAUUAUUUUUUCUUAGUGAUUAGGUGCAAUGGUUGUGCUUGAGCUAGCAUGUUUUAGGGUUGUUGUAAAUGAGAUGGAGCUGGAGUUGAGAAGGCUCAAUUUACGCAGAAGUUGGUGUUGUUUUGUAGUGUCAAAGAUUAGAAAGUUCAAUUAUCCUUGAUUAUGAUGUCGAGAUGACAAAUGUGUCCUAAGGAUAUUCCUAAACUGUUGUAUGAAGGAAAGGAAUUAGGAUCCACUUUGUGUUGUUUAUCUCAUGCCAUCAAGAUUGCGAAACUGUAAGAAAUGGGGUCAUCCAUUAAUGAACGAAUUAUUUCUUUUGCCUUUUCUUCUGGUUAAUUCAGAUCUUCAAAAUGGGGGUUUAACCUGGUUGAUGCUAGGCUUGUAGUCCCUACAGCUUUCUGUUGAUCCCUGUCGUUGACAAGGGGGAUCAUCUAGUCCAUCUUACACCAUUAGAAAAUAAUAAGAAAAUAUUUUCUCUGAGAGUCAAUGCCUUACAGUCUUCUGGCAAGGCAUUUAAUCGGCAUUAUUUUGGUUACGUAGCCAUUCAGUGUAAUCAGUUCUGUUGUCUGAAUUUUUACCUAGUUAAUUAUUAUUCCGUUUCAUUUUUCAGAUGUCGGUAGGUGUUAUGCUAUAGCUCCGCUUCAUUUGUUCUUGAGUUCUCAAUGAGUUCUCUCUCUCUCUCUCUCUCUCUCUCACACACACACACACACACACACUCAUCUCAUUUGAACGUAUUGAAAGCUUAAAUCUCACUGUCAUGAACAGCCAUUGAAAAAGCAAUUAGUAGAUUGAUUUUAUUGUGCAGAAGUCUAGCAGCAAUCUUUAAGGUAGCCAAAUUGAUCGUGAGAUUGUUCAAUUCGAUAAAAGAGUUGUGGUGGACUAGGUUCAACUUCAUAAUUUACUUGUUAUUUGAAAUGCUGCACUUUGGACUGGGUAAACUUUAUUGUCUGAUAAACACUUUUAAUUUCUCAUUCAACUUGGAUAAUUAUGCUACCACUAAGGGACGACGACCUAUUCACUGAGAUCAUCUUUUUUGGGUUCGAACACAGUAGCUGUAUAUAUGCCAAACCAGCAGUGCUGUCUUUGUUUCAGUUUCUCACUAGCUACUACUUUUCUUUAGAAUAAUGCUUGCUUUUGUUUCAUUUUCCUACCAUCCAUCUCUGUGGUUUGGGGCCAGGAGGAGAAUGUCUCACAUCAGAUGUCUUGAAAAUCUCAGGAAUUCAUGGGGGGAUCCCAUGACAGCAUGGUUACCUUGGAAAACCGGGUGAGAGGCCUUGAAAGAGUUGUCGAUGAGAUGGCGCGUGAUCUGUCACUGCCACCCAACAGGAGAGGCGGCGGCAUGAUGGGGUUCGACGGAUCCGCUGGUAGGUCAGCCAGCAAGUAUAAUGGCCUCCCUGAUUACUCUAAUGGGAAAUUUGGGCGGGGUGAUGGGCGAUUCCCUUUUGCAGAGAGAUUCCUCCCAUCUGAUGGCACCUCAGGAGCGCGAGGAAGAGAUCCUCCCUGGAGGCAAGAUGCGGACACAUGGGAUCCCUAUUCAUAUGCUGCUCCAAGGAAUGGGGUCACCAGCUCUAGGAGGGGCCCGGGUGGUCUCCCCACAGAGGGUAGAUCGUCAAGAACAGACCAAGAGGGUGAUCAGAUCAGCAACAGGAGAGCUUGGGAGAAGGGGCCGGGCCCCUUCAGACUUGGAGAAGGUCCUUCUGCCAGAAGUGUCUGGCAGGCUUCCAAGGAUGAGGCUACUCUGGAAGCCAUCAGAGUGGCCGGAGAGGAUAGCGUUUCCUCACGGGCCACCGCAAAGCACCCACCUAUUCCAGAACUAGAUGCUGAAGCUGUAGGGGACGACAGCUCGGCCCCCGACAAGGGCGAGCUCUGGGCUUCGUGGAACCGGGCAAUGGAUUCACUCCAUGUAGGUGAUGUGGAUUCAGCCUAUGCUGAGGUCUUGUCGACUGGAGACGAUCUGCUGCUCGUGAAGUUGAUGGACAGAUCUGGGCCGGUUCUUGAUCAACUUUCUGAUGAGACUGCGGGUGAAGUUCUGCAUGCAGCUGGGCAGUUCCUUCAAGAGCAGAGCUUGUUGGAUAUUGCAUUUUCUUGGUUUCAGCAGGUACGCUCGUUGGAUAAGUUUUCAAUAAUUUCUUUUUAACUAUGUGAACAUAAUUUUCAAUGUCUUUUUCUUUUUUUUUUUUUUUUUUUGGUGGGUAGCAUAGAUAAUCGAGCAUUGAAUUCAUGACAUGAAGCUGCCCCAUCACCUUCCUUAUAUCGCAUAAUUUUAUCAGAUGGGUACGGGUAAAAAGAAAUAGUGCCCUCUAUUUUAUCUAAAAAUAUGGGCCUACUUCUGCAUCUUGGGGGUCACAUUGUAGGCGAGAUCUGGAUGCUUCUCUUGCCCAAGAAGGAAGGAUACAUAAGGUUCCUCAUGCUUCUUGCUUUCUGUCUCAGUUGACGGAUCUGGUGGGGGAGCAGGGGGCCGAUCUGCCGAGCCUGAAGGUGGAGAUGAAGAGGGACAUCCUGUUGAGUCUCCACGAGGCUUCCUCUUCCAUGGAGCCUCCGGAGGACUGGGAGGGACCGACCCCGGAACAGAUGAUGCUGCAACUGGCGUCUGCGUGGGGUUUCAGCCUGCAACAGCUCAUCAAGUAG